AUGAAUUCUACAAAAGAAAGAUUCAAUCAACCAAACACCAAGGAGAUCCCAUCUUUAGAUGAUGGGUCCCAAUUGCAAGAUCAAGCAUCUGGCGAUAUGAUCGCAGGCUUGUCUGGUCUUACCCUCGACGCUGGGGCUCCACAGACCAAUGGCGAUCAAAACGCCACGUCUCUGGCGGCUCCUACGGACAACUCCCCAGCAUUAGGUUUUGGGGGACUCCCCACGGAGAUCUGCCUGAUGAUAUGGCGAGUUCUGCUGUUGCAACCUCGAAUCAUAGAGAUCGAGGCCAAGCCCGGCGGCGCCUGGAAUCCCUUCCCCUUUCACAUAGAAGACGGGGAUGCAUCUAUGGACGAUGGUAAAUACAUGGUAUCUCACCACUCUCGAGAGCCACCAGUCAUCUUACACAUCUGUCGCGAGUCCCGAGAAGAGGCACUCGAUGCAUACAAGUUGAUGCCAAUAUAUCUCCUCUCUUUUGACAGGAUAUAUUUCAACCCACCUGUUGACGUCAUCUACUUUGGACAAAAUAGUUGCACAGAGACGAUGAAUGAUCUUCUCGGGCAGUGCUGGGCCAUGGAACGGGUCGCAGUCGACUUGAGUAUGCAAACGAAGGUCUGCUGCCAUGAAAAUGAAGAGGAUAGGGAUCGCAUUAGGGUGAUUCGAGCUUUACAUGAUCUCAAGCAUACCAGUGACCGCAAGGAUAUAUUCUUCAUUACAAAUACAACCAGAAUUACAGAUAUUCUAAGCCCCCAAGAUAAUGACUUGAAAUGGGACGAGGAACGGAGUUGUGCAUUUCUGAAAGACGUUCCAUCAGUCAUACACAAUAUUGAUUCUGUUGGACUUUAUGCUGCACAGGACGAAGAGUUUCCUACGUCAGAGCGAAUCACCAAGGAACACUAUGAGGCAGAAAUUCGUCGCGUAGUCGAUGGACACGCUUUGAGUGGGGUAGAUGAGAAUCUAUGGUCUAAAGAUAUUCCUGCUUUCCACUUCGCGAAAUUCUGCGAGCGUAAGGCCUUCUUCAAUCCGCUCUCCAGGCAUCGGCGUAGGGCGGCUGAAGAUGCUCCUGCCCAGCCUAGCAUUGGGCCAAUGAAAGGAGGUCAGAAUCUUGAUCCGCCGUUGUUCGACGAAGAUUGGGUUCCUCCAGAGGGCUUUCAAUGGGGGCCAUCUUCGGAUUCCGAUAUGUCUGAUGUCCAAUACGGAGCAGACGGUCCAAAUGGGAACGCUUUCUACGAUAUAUGGGAUGGCUAUGAUCAUACACUAUAA